CAGCACCAGCCGGGUACCAUUACCUCAGGUAGACUCGACCAGUCUAGCAGCUCAACUACCUCAAUAUCUCAACUUGCGUUGACAUUCCCUUCCUUCCCUUUUUGCCAUAUAGACUGGCCUACUGUACAUACAACCUAGACACGCAAAGAGCAUUAGACAGACGCAAUGUCGUCUACAGCACCUCGCCCUAAUGGCGCAGACAAGAAGACCUCCACGCAACCCCCAACCGAGACCAUCAGUGACGAGAAGCAAAUCCAGGUGCUCUCACAACGCGAAGAAUGGCCUGCGCCCGUCUACCAUCAGACUUUGAUCCUUGGCGCUGGUCUCAGUGGAAUUGGCAUGGCGUGUCAAUUGAAGAGGAAAGGGUAUGGCGAUGACUUUGUCAUUUUGGACAAGGAGGCGGGAAUUGCUGGAACUUGGUACUCCAAUACUUACCCUGGUGCUGGAGCGGAUGUGCCUGCUGCACUGUACUCUUUCUCCUUUAGGCAGAAGACCGAUUGGUCUACCUUCUUUCCUAAGCAGCCCGAGCUACAAGCGUACAUCUGCUCCGUCGCUGCCGAGUAUGACAUCAUGGAUAAGUUUCACCUCUCCACUGUUGUCAAGGAAGCACGCUGGGAUGAAGCUAGCAGUCUCUGGCACGUCUAUACUGAGGACCUGCCGGAGCGGGAGACAAAGGAGGGGGUGAAGCCACAGAAACAUCACUAUGUUUGCAGAUUCUUUGUGAGCUGCAUUGGUGGGCUGUCCUCGCCUAACAGCUGUAACAUUGAGGGACACGAGAACUUCAAGGGUCCAAUCUUCCACUCGGCACGUUGGGACCACUCCAUCGAUCUCAAGGGCAAGAAUGUAGUCGUCGUAGGCAACGGGUCUUCAGCGACUCAAUUCAUCCCCAAGAUCAUCAAGGAGGCCAAGCAGGUGACGCAAUUCGUGCGCGCCCAGCACUGGAUCCUCCCUCUGAUCCCAGACCCCUUCAGGUUCAUCCCAGGAUGGAAGUGGCUGGUGAGGCAUUUCUCCUUCUUCAAGAAUAUGCAGCGCAUCCUCAUCUUCAUGGUCAUGGAGUCCCACUUUACCGGCACUCACAUGAACUGGUGGGCUGGGAGACUCUUCCGUUGGAUGCAGGCGAGGGAGUGCAGACAUUAUGCUGCGAAGAAUUGCCCGAAGAAGUACCUCCAUCACAUUGUUCCCGAUACUAGGAAGCUACCGCCUAUGCAUAAGCGACGCUUGGUAGACACGGAUCAGUACGUUCCGGCUCUGAAUGCACCCAACUUCAAGCUGGAGUUUGAGAGGACGGCACGCAUGACGGAGAAAUCAGUCAUCACCAACACGGGCAAGGAGAUUCCAGCCGAUGUCGUCAUCCUUGCCACUGGUUUCACGCCAUCCCGUGCUGGUUUCCCCAUGGAACUCUACGGCAAGGGGGGCCAGGAGCUGAGGGAUCACUGGCAGAAGUAUGGAGAUGGAGGACCACUGCAUUACCGGUCUACCUUCCUCUCUGGCUUUCCCAACUUGGUGCAGAUGACUGGUACUAACUCAGCUACAGGCCAUCAGUCGCUCAUCUUCACAACUGAGAACCAAAUCGAGCUAGCCCUAGAGGUAGCCCGUCCUCUCCUCAGCAACGAUCGUCCCAGUCCCGAAGCCAUCCUUCACACUCCUUCUCCCACCCCCUCUCCUUCUCCCUCCGACUCACCCAUCGUCCCCUUUACCCGAGGACCCACAUUCAACGUCAAGCUCCGUGCAGAGCUAGACGAACAAUACUGGAUCCAUUCUCUAAUGCAAAAACGAGUCUUUUCCUCUUCCCACGGCUCAGGAAGUUGGUACAUGGAUAAGAAUUCAGGAAGAAUUACAGCCAUGCAUCCCGAUUGGCAAUGGAAGAUGAUGUUGCGUUGCUUGGUUCCUAAUUGGGAAGAUUUUGAAUUUGAAAAUCUGCCCAUGGGAGGAGCGAUGGGUAGUGGUGGAGCAGAGGGGGAUGGAGAGAGGUACCCUGUGGGACGCACUUGGUGGAAGGUACUUGCUAAUAGGUUCGGGAUGGGGACUGUACCCAAAGUGACGGCGAAGCAGGCGGGGAUGAAAGAGUACGAUGUGUAGUUCGUAGAAGCAGUAGGAGAAGAGUACUUGGAGGGGUUGCGAGGAGUCUAUGGUUUUUUGAUCAUUCCGAGCUACUUUAAUCACACGCACACACGUUUCACUGAGCACCAAGAAGUGAGUGACUC